AGUAGGUUUUUCAAUAUUAAAUUGAUAAGUUGUCCCGGCAACCACCCGCCCAAAAAAGUCAACAUCUUCUAGCCCACCCUCAGAUUUAUACUUUAUGUGCAUUAUUUUUAUUCGGUGUGUGAAAAAGAUGGCUACGAUCUGCAUCAGCAACAAAUGCUUGAGCAUUCGUAAUGGGGACCUGGUCAGAAAGAUACUUCCUUUCACCAGGUAAUCAAUUUCAAACUCCUUUCUUUCUUGCUCAAGCUGGCCCCAGGUGUGGCACACACAUACUACUACAAUUCCCAGUGUUGGAAAGUAUAAGAAGUUUGCGAGUUCUGACGUUCUAUGCGUUACUGGGAUGUCUAAGUCAACAACUUGGGAGUAUGGAAUAUUUGUUAUUGCAUGGUUGUGUUGGGCUUCUCUAUCUUUUGGAGCUCAGGGCGCCAUUACCGACACAGUGGAAGUGACGGCAUUGCAAGCCAUCAAGAGAAGUUUGAUAGAUCCCAAUAAGAAUCUGAGCAAUUGGAAUCGAGGAGAUCCGUGUACAUCAAAAUGGACAGGGGUUGUGUGCUCCAAUACAACAUUAGAUGAUGGAUAUUUACAUGUUCAGGAACUGCAACUUCUGAAAAUGAGAUUGUCAGGAAGUCUAUCACCAGAGCUUGGCAAAUUAUCGUACCUACAAAUACUGGAUUUUAUGUGGAACAGCAUAAGUGGGAGUAUACCCAAGGAGAUAGGCAAUAUCACCACCUUGAAACUCUUGCUUCUGAAUGGAAACAACUUAACAGGUCCAUUACCUGAAGAGCUUGGUUAUCUUCCAAACUUGGACAGAAUACAAAUUGAUCAGAACAACAUAUCAGGACCAAUACCAGUAUCAUUUGCAAAUUUGAACAAAACGAAGCAUUUUCACAUGAACAACAAUUCAAUUAGUGGGCAAAUUCCCCCAGAACUAUCCAGAUUACCAAGCCUUGUUCACUUCCUUCUGGAUAAUAACAACUUAUCAGGGUAUCUUCCACCGGAGUUCUCCGAACUGCCAAAUUUACUGAUAAUUCAACUUGAUAAUAAUCACUUUGAUGGGACUACAAUUCCAGCUUCGUAUAGCAGAAUGUCUAAAUUGCUGAAGUUGAGCCUUAGGAACUGCAACUUGCAAGGGGAGAUUCCUGAUUUGAGCCAAAUACCGAACCUUGGUUAUCUAGAUCUCAGUUUAAAUCUGCUAAAUGGAACCAUACCUACAGAGAGACUUUCUGAGAAUAUCACGUCCAUCUAUUUAUCCAACAACAAUCUUACUGGAACAAUUCCUGACAGCCUUUCGAAUCUUACUCAUCUCCAGAAACUGUCAAUUGCGAACAAUUCAUUGAACGGCUCUGUUCCAUCCACCAUUUGGCAAGAUAGGACUUUGAAUGGAAGUGAAAGCCUUACAGUGGAGUUGCAGAAUAAUAAUCUUUCAAGUAUUACAGGCGAUACUAAUCUACCUCCAAAUGUCACUGUCUGGCUUCAAGGGAAUCCCUUUUGCUCGAACACCAACCUAGUCAGUUUUUGUGGAUCUGAAAGUGAUGCUGAAAAUAAAAAUCCGGGUCCAACAAAUAACACUUUGGAUUGUGACAGUCCAGGAUGUCCACCCCCUUAUGAAUAUUCCCCUAAAUCUCCUGAACGUUGUUUCUGUGCUGCCCCUCUACUUGUUGGAUAUCGGUUGAAAAGUCCAGGAUUCUCAGAUUUUCGUCCUUACAAAUCAAUGUUUGAGUAUUACCUGACAUCUGGUCUUGAUCUACUCCUUUAUCAGCUGUACAUUGAAAAUUUUGAAUGGGAAGAAGGCCCUCGACUGAAAAUGUACUUGAAGUUUUUUCCAGUAUAUAAUAAUCAAAGCGUCAAUGGUUUUAUCUUCAAUACGAGUGAGGUUCGGCGAAUUAUGAACAUGUUCACAUCAUGGAGCAUUCCUGAUAGUGACAUCUUUGGACCUUACGAACUUCUGAAUUUCACUCUCCUGGACAUUUAUAAAGAUGCGAUUACCACCUCUCGAAGUUCUAGUUUAAGCACAGGUGCACUGGCUGGCAUAGUAGUGGGGACCAUUGCAGGUGCAGUUACAAUGUCCGCAGUUGUCUCUCUUCUAAUACUAAGAAAGUGUAUGAAGAAGUAUAGUGCAGUUUCGAGAAAACGUCGUGCAUCUAAGGCCUCCUUGAGAAUUGAUGGUGUGAAGGCUUUCAGUUAUGGAGAAAUGGCUAUGGCUACAAACAAUUUUAACAACUCCGCUCUUGUUGGCCAAGGAGGGUAUGGAAAGGUCUAUAAAGGCAUUCUAGCUGAUGGAACAAUUGUGGCCAUUAAACGUGCACAAGAGGGAUCCUUACAGGGUGAGAAGGAGUUCUUAACAGAGAUAGAAUUAUUGUCAAGGUUACAUCAUCGGGACCUAGUGUCUUUGAUUGGAUAUUGUGAUGAAGAGGGUGAACAGAUGUUGGUCUAUGAGUUUAUGGUGAAUGGUACUCUAAGGGAUCACCUUUCUGCUAAAUGUAAAGAACCUCUGAGUUUUGCGAUGAGAUUGAGAAUUGCCCUGGGGUCAGCUAAGGGCAUCCUCUACCUACACACGGAAGCUAAUCCUCCAAUAUUUCAUCGGGAUAUCAAGGCCAGCAACAUAUUAUUGGAUUCUAAUUAUACAGCAAAGGUUGCUGAUUUUGGACUUUCGAGACUUGCUCCAGUUCCAGAUAUUGAAGGGACUGCGCCUGCUCAUGUAUCCACAGUUGUGAAGGGGACACCUGGUUACCUUGAUCCAGAGUACUUUUUGACACAUAAACUGACAGACAAAAGCGACGUUUACAGUCUUGGAGUCGUAUUUCUCGAACUCCUGACUGGGAUGCAGCCAAUCUCACAUGGGAAAAAUAUUGUUAGAGAGGUUAAUGUUGCUCAUCAGUCUGGUAUGAUCUUUUCGGUCAUUGAUGGAAGGAUGGGAUCAUAUCCUUCUGAAUGUGUGGUUAAAUUUUUGACCUUGGCCCUCAAGUGUUGCCAAGAUGAAACAGAUGCACGACCUUCAAUGGCAGAGGUGGUUCGAGAACUUGAUAGUAUAUGCCUUAUGAUGCCAGAGUCUGACAUCAGAAAAGCAGAUCCCAUGGUCACUGACGUCGAAAAAUAUAUGUCUCCACCACCAUCAUCCUCAACAGUGAAAAAUCCUUAUCUGUCGUCAGAUGUAUCUGGCAGCAACCUUGAUAGUGGAGUCGUUCCAACCAUCAUGCCUAGAUAGAACAAAUGGGGAAGAAUGUUUGUGUUGUUUCUAAUAACCUCGAAAUUUGAACUGGAAAUUUUUAUUGUAUGAUCUCGGUAUCUGAUGCUGUGUAUAGUCUCUCAGUCUCUUAUUACAAUUUGUUUUGAAGAGGUUAUAGUUUUGACCGGUAGGUAGUAUCAGAAAACUGCUAUAAGAACCAACUCCAAUAAAUUUAUUCUUCCGUAUUACAGACUUAA